AUGAACAUGAUGCAAACACCCAACAGAAGCAAGCCACCCUCGCAAGCCAAACACAAAAAACCAGCCAGCAGCUACAGAGCGAACCUGCCCGCUCCGCAGCACACGAAAAACCUCGGGUUUGAUCCCUUUUCUUCAGCUUUAGAGCUUUGUGUUCUGUUCUGCCCUCGCCUACAGCAAGCACAGCAGUCUGCAGCAACCCUGCGGCAGCACAGCAACGCAACAAGUGGCCAGCCAAGCGCACCUGUUGCUACAGUGACAGGGCAACGAUACGCCAACCGGCGCAGAGAGGAACAGCAACAACACCAAUCAGAGCAGUGCAGGCACAACGUUGCUACAGCAGCAGCAGCAGCAGCAGAGCAGCAGCACACUCAGCAACAACACUCGAAGCUUUCUUUGCUAUGGAGCAACGGUGUGACGAGGGGCGAGCACCGGGAGCGACGGACUUACAAAGCGCACAGCGCCCUAGCGCCACUCACAGCCUGUUGCAAGCAGCACCCACUCGCACCUCCUAUCGCGGAUGGCUGA